CAACCGCCCUCUUCGUCCCUUGCAGCCGCUGCGCCCGGCGAGGAAAUCCAGAUGGUGGCUUACACGCAGAGGAAAGCCAGGGUCAAGGAAGUGUGCUCGCUGUGGGGCGCCUACAACACCAAGCCCCGGUUCAUGAAGUUCGUGCAGAAGGAAACCGGCGUCAAGACCAAGGACGAGAUUCUCAAGGACAAGAUGGACCUCUCGCAGGCGCAGCUCGAGAGGAUAUGGCAGCUGAACAAGAGAACGACUUUCCACCAGAUGUUCGUGGAUCGCGACCACAGCCUCACGUGGUGCAAAGUGCCCAAGGCCGCGAGCACCAGCUGGCUCCAUGCAUUCCUUGAGAUCGCGGGCGAGAAGGACGUGUCAUCGAAGGAUAUGGCGGGAAAACACGCGCUACUGAGGGAGAGGUAUCCCAUGCUGACGAAUUCCUUGCUGAAACGCAUUAUGCCCACGACCCUCAAAUUCAUGGUGGUGCGUCAUCCUUUUGAGAGAGCACUUUCGGCCUAUCGGGACAAGCUUGAGGAUUAUGCACGAGACCUGAAAGACAGGGGAGGCUAUUAUUAUGCAAUCUACGGCAAGAAAAUAGUCAAGGCCUACCGCAAAGAGGGGACCAGUGGAGAGGACAGCAACCAGCACAGGGAACCAACCUUCCGAGAAUUCAUCCAGUACCUCCUUGACACAGACGUCGAGGAGUACGACGAGCACUGGAGACCCAUUUCCCUUCUGUGCACACCUUGCCACAUCAAGUAUGAUGUCAUUGCAAAGAUGGAGACCUUGUCGAAGGAUGCUGACUUCAUCCUGUACCAUCGUGGGCUUGCUGAUAACGUUCAUAUAGAAUGGUCACACAAAACAGACCAGCUGCAGAAGACGUCAGAUGUGGCAAGAACGUAUUUCUCACAGCUGACCUCCAGUGAAGUGAAGCAGCUGUAUCAUAAAUAUCUUCUAGACUUUCUAAUGUUCGAGUAUGAUUUGGAGCCGUACAUGAAAUUAACGCAGACGCAAAAAAUCAACACAACUUUGACCAUUGAUGGGAAUGAGGGCGAGGAAGAGUACUAUAAUGAAGACGAUGAAGAGUAUAGUGAAGAUAAUGAUGAUGAAGAUGAGGAGGAGGAGGUAGAGUAUGAGGAAGAGGAGACUCCUAAUACAGGUGAUCAUAAUUAUGAAGAAUAUGCAGUCAAUGAUAAAAUCGGUGAAGUUGAUAAUAACAUUUAAAGUAUUGUCAUGGAUUAUUUGGUAUUGUUUUACCUAUAGGAGUUAUUAUUGGCACAUUGGUGGUUACACAGCAAAGUGCCAACAAGGCUUCUUAUUUCUAUCUGUGAUUUUAACAUUUAAAAGUUACAUUGAUUUUUAAAUAUAUAAAUAUUCACUGCAGUACAUGUUCAUACCUUAAAAUAUCAGUCACUGAGAUGCAAAAAGAUCAUAGCAAAAUAAAACAAAAUCCUCUACAUUAAUUCAUAAACAUUGAAUAAACCAGUACUUAUAUAGAAGGUUUUAUGUGUCGGCUUAUGUAUUUUACACUUGUAUGCUGAGCUUCUAGAAAGUGGGUCUGCAGUAAUACAGAAAAUGGGGCAUUGAAACAAUGUUAUGUAUUAGUUAAGUCGUGUUUUUUUUACUUUAAGGUCUAAGCACUUGCCAUUCAUCAUAUAUUGUCAUCUGUGAGAUCAUUGCAUUCAUUGCUUAGCUCAAUUAUCUAAGGGCCAAACAUUUAAUGUAAGUAAUAUUUUUGCUGUGGGCUGUUCCAAAUCAAAUUUACAGAACCAACAUUAUAGUUGUUGCAACUACAGAUAUAAAAAGUAUAAGUAUGCCUUUGUUCCGAAUUGUGGCAUGACAUAGUUUGCUUCUUAGGACUUUCAUGUAUUUGCAACAUCUUUUGCCUAAUACAGAAGGAAUUAUGUCCACCAGAUUAUAAUCUAAUGCUGUACUAGAUCAACUGAUCUCAUUUUACAUGUUUUAAGAUAAAUUUACUUUAUAUAUGUCUAUACAUAUACA